UCCAACCCUUCACGUUACCGACACGAAAACCGAAGUUCUGACGUGUCGGGAUCUCACUGGGCCUAAAUCGUCGACGGGUCAGAGUCUUAGGCGUGAAGUUUCCUGGUCUGGAAGAAGGGUCGUCCGAAUUAGGACAUGCAAGCGGGGAAGCCCAUCCUCUAUUCCUAUUUCCGAAGCUCCUGCUCGUGGAGAGUGCGAAUCGCUCUGGCCUUGAAAAACAUCGACUAUGAGAUAGUAACCAUCAACCUCAUAAAGGAUGGGGGGCAGCAGUUCUCCAAAGAAUUCCAGGCCCUGAAUCCCAUGAAGCAGGUGCCGGCCCUGAAGAUUGAUGGAAUCACCCUCAGCCAGUCACUGGCCAUCAUUGAGUACCUGGAGGAGACCCGGCCCACGCCCCGACUUCUGCCUCAGGACCCAAAGAAGAGGGCCCAAGUGCGCAUGAUUUCUGACCUCCUCGCCAGUGGCAUCCAACCCCUGCAGAACUUGUCUGUCCUGAAUCAAGUGGGAAAGGAGAACCAGCUGACCUGGGCCCAGCGGGUCAUCGCUCCUGGCUUUAACGCUCUGGAGCAGAUCCUGCAGAGCACAGCGGGGAAGUACUGCAUGGGAGAUGAGGUGUCCAUGGCUGACCUGUGCUUAGUGCCUCAGGUGGCAAAUGCUGAAAGGUACAAGGUGGAUCUCUCUCCCUACCCCACCAUCAGCCGCAUCAACAAGUCCCUGCUGGCCUUGGAGGCCUUCCAAGUGUCUCACCCCAGCCGGCAGCCAGAUACACCCCCCGAGCUGAGGGCCUAGCUCUCAAACUGUAUCCCACUGGUGCUGGGGCAGGGAGCGGGUGCGGGAGCAGAAGCUGGGUGAGCUGAGUGGGCCUGGAAAUAAGUGAGGCCCAACUGGAGAGGCAGAAGACUUGAACUCCUAGCCCUUGACCUUGAACUCUCGCCCUGUAUCUCCCUUCCCACUGAACCUCUUUCUGGGUCAGCCCCCUCAUGUGUCACAUGUGGGGAGGGUGGCGGGGGGCUGCGGGGAGGAGGCUGGGCGGGAGCGUUGCCUGCUGUCUGUGUCACGUGCAGUCAUGAAACGAAUGUAAAGUGUCUGGCACAUUUACAGAGAGCCACGAGCAAGGUCAAGUGUCUCUUUCCAGCCCCUCCCCUGUACCUGACUCCAGAGAAUUGCCCCCCUGCCCCAAAAUUGGAUAAUUAAAGCCCAGGCCUCCAGGUUGUUGCGUUAAGGCUGAGCUGGGUUCCAGAAGGUGAACACUUCCCAGCUGGAACCCCCUUGCGUCUGGACCAGGAGAGAGAGUCAGCAGCCACUUUCCCCCCCUGUGGUUGGCGUGGCCGCUGGGACCUCAGGGCAAGGGAGAGAAGUCAGCCCAAAAUCCUGCCCGAGAGCAUCAGACAAGACCCAGAAGAGAGCAGGUAAGAGAAGCAGGAGAGGAGGCAUUCUGUGACCAGCUGAGCACCCAGGCCAUGAGACCAUUGGUCAGGUCCAUGGCGACACUGAGGGGGACGCUGGCCCUCUCAGCCCAGCCCCUCAUCUUCAGGGGCAGCAUUCUCUGGACCAGUCCCAGGAUUAGGUACUUGGGAUCCAUCUGGUUGUGACUGGUCCUGGGAACUGGAAGCAGUCUCCUCCUCCAUGGGCAGCGUGCAUGCCACUGCCAGACUAGUUCAGACCAACCAGGUGACAGUUGACCUUGGGCUGCCCUGGAGGGUGGACGUUCCCAUGCCUGGCAGUGUUCAGCCAGAACCAGGAUCACCUCUCGGCAGAGACACUGUAAGGAGAUAGGGGUUCCUUCUAGGAAAGAAACCAGAUGACUUUUAGGUCCCAUUCCUGAGCAUCAUUUCCCUGCAUGGCUGAGGUUUAAACAGGGAUGAAGAUAUUUACAUCUGGUCCACACGGAAGACACCCUUCUUGGCCAUGAGUCCCUUUUCUUUAGCCCCCAUCCCAGGGCACCUAGUUCUCCCCUCUCACGCCAGGCUCCUUUGUGGCCGGGUCCCAGUCUCUAGAAUGACCAAAGUGGGCCCCUCUUGUUCCUGGGGCGAGUUUGUCCUGGCAGAGCCAGAGAGAGGCACAGGAAGAUAGAUGAGACACAGCGGUCGUGAGGGAGAUGGUGGUGCCUGCGGUCCUGCCCUGCUGCCAUCUGGACCCUUUGCCUCAGGUUACUCCAGACUUGCCUGGCUGCAUACGGCUCACCUGGGCUGUCCCCAAGAAACCUGUACCUGAGAUAAGAGCCUCAUCUCCCCAGCUCAAGAAUCAGUAACAGUCCCCUGACUUGACUUUUGAAGUGGAAGGUGAUUAAACUGCCCAUCGAAGAGUU